AGCGCGCAGCCGUCGCCGGCGUCCGCCAGCUGGGUCUUGGGAAUUCUGCUGUGCAGUGGCUCGCCGGCUCCCACGAACCGCUGGAUCUUACCUGCCUCUGGACCCCCGACUUCCACUCCAUGCGCCCAGGCGACGGCGCCCGCGGCAGGACAUGCUCUCUGGAUGUCAGCUGAGUUACUGAGCUAACCCUGCAUGUCAUAGGCAGACCUUGCUAGAACCUCAAGGCUCUCGGAGAUCCCCAUCUCUGCUCGUUUUUUUUGGUGUGUGUCCUCACUGAACAUUCAAAACUGUUUCUCCAAAGGGUUUUGCAAAAACUCAGACUGUUUUCCAAAGCAGAAGCAGCACUGGCGUCCACAGCAGAAGCGAUGGGCAGCGUGCGAACCAACCGCUACAGCAUCGUGUCUUCAGAAGAAGACGGUAUGAAACUGGCCACCAUGGCAGUGGCAAAUGGCUUUGGCAACGGCAAGAGUCAAGUCCACACUCGGCAGCAGUGCAGGAGCCGCUUCGUCAAGAAAGACGGCCACUGCAACGUGCAGUUCAUCAACGUGGGCGAGAAGGGACAGCGGUACCUGGCUGACAUCUUCACCACCUGCGUGGACAUCCGCUGGCGGUGGAUGCUGGUUAUCUUCUGCCUGGCCUUUGUGCUCUCCUGGCUGUUUUUUGGUUGUGUGUUUUGGUUGAUAGCUCUGCUCCAUGGAGAUCUGGAUGCAUCUAAAGACAGCAAGGCCUGUGUGUCUGAGGUCAACAGCUUCACGGCUGCCUUCCUUUUCUCCAUUGAGACCCAGACCACCAUCGGCUACGGCUUCAGGUGUGUCACGGACGAGUGCCCCAUCGCCGUGUUCAUGGUGGUGUUCCAGUCCAUCGUGGGCUGCAUCAUCGACGCCUUUAUCAUCGGCGCCGUCAUGGCCAAGAUGGCCAAGCCCAAGAAGAGAAACGAGACUCUUGUCUUCAGUCACAAUGCUGUCAUCGCCAUGAGAGAUGGCAAGCUGUGCCUGAUGUGGCGAGUGGGCAACCUGCGGAAGAGCCACUUGGUGGAAGCUCACGUUCGAGCCCAGCUCCUCAAAUCCAGAAUCACCUCCGAAGGGGAGUACAUCCCCCUGGACCAGAUAGAUAUCAACGUUGGCUUUGACAGUGGGAUUGACCGUAUCUUUCUGGUCUCCCCAAUCACGAUAGUCCAUGAAAUCGAUGAGGACAGUCCUUUGUAUGACUUGAGUAAACAGGACAUCGACAACGCAGACUUUGAAAUCGUGGUGAUACUGGAAGGCAUGGUGGAAGCUACCGCCAUGACAACCCAGUGUCGUAGCUCCUACCUGGCAAAUGAAAUCCUCUGGGGCCACCGCUAUGAGCCUGUACUCUUUGAGGAGAAACACUACUACAAAGUAGACUAUUCCAGGUUCCACAAGACGUAUGAAGUCCCCAACACCCCUCUCUGCAGCGCCAGAGACUUAGCAGAGAAGAAAUAUAUCCUCUCCAAUGCAAAUUCAUUUUGCUAUGAAAAUGAAGUCGCUCUCACUAGCAAAGAGGAAGAUGACAGUGAAAACGGGGUUCCAGAAAGCACCAGUACGGACACCCCCCCUGACAUAGACCUUCACAACCAGGCAAGCAUACCUCUAGAACCCAGGCCUUUACGGCGAGAGUCGGAGAUAUGACUGGCUGAUUCCUCCUCUGGAAUAUUUACUUUCAACACAGUCUGUUGGUCAAAGGCCCAGAACAGUUAUUCAGACGACGGUACUGGUGAACAGGUGGGUCUAGGCAAGUGAGGGCGAGGUCCCGAGGCUGGCACUGUGGUGUCAGACAAAGACUGUGAGCUCAAAGAAAGCCCUCCACACGCCUCCCCGUGACCUGAUGGCACAUAGAUGUUGUAGAAUAAGUUAUGGGGUUUUUUCAUGUCUCGUUUUGUGUUUUUACAAAACUUGAACUUGCAGGCAAGCCUUGGUGGGGUAUUUCACUUCAGAAUGCUUCUCUUUAGGAACAAGAAUGUUUUUAAUGGCAUAACAAAGGCAAGACUCUGCCUUAAUUUUUGAAAAGCUGCUAACUACAUGAACACAGAUUGUAUUUUUGUUGCAGUGUAGUUUUUCUUUCGUGUAAUUUAAAAGUCAGUGUUGAACUUUGUUGAAAGCUCAUGAUACGCGCUGCAAAGUGGCAAGUAUUUGGCUAUUAGCUGCCAAAAUGAGAGCCUGAUUUUUUGAGGCCAGUAAUUUGUUUGCUAGAAUUGAUUCUCUCUCUCUCUCUCUCUCUCUCUCUCUCUCUCUCUCUCUCUCUCUCUCUCUCUCUCUCUCUCUGGUUACAUAAGGGCAUUAUGUAACUCUAGCCAAAUAGUAGCCUCUGGGUUGUUGUUGUUGGUCCCCCCCACCCUAUGAUGUUAAUGGGUUAUCUCAAAUUUUAAGUUAGACUACCUAAAAAUAAAUACCAAAGAUAAUGCACAUUUUUGCACAGUGGAGCUUACACUAAAAAGGAAGGAAGGCCCUAUGGGGCUGCCUUGAAAUCAAGAGACAAUAACCUUGAACCUCAGCGUGACCUUGAACUACCCUCUCCUCUUGCACCUUAUUCAGAAAAUACAACAUCAGGCACACAGUCUAGUAAGUGUAGUGGUUUGAAAAUUUUGUUCUGUCAUGUAACUUUUGUGUUAUAGAAGAAGGAAGGGGAAGUCACAUUUGCACACACAGGCACAAUGUAAACAUCUUUUUGGCUAGUAAUGCUGACCAGGCUCCAGCGUAAGUGAGGGAGGGUGAUGUUCUUUCAGAUGCACCCCUCUUUUUUUGUUUUUUUGCACAUUCCAAAAUGUAUUCCUUAAGAUAAGACCUCGGGUGAAUUUACUCAGCACCUCGAAACGGAGCCAUCCAGCAGGAGGGAGAAAUAGGCUUAGAUCCUGGGAACCAAGCUCCUGGCCCUGCCGAUCAGAUCACUUUCCAGCUUGACUUCACCUUAGAAGAGACACUGCUCUGGCCUUGUGGCUGUUUGUGCUGAUCGGUCUGUCUUGGAGUGAGACUGGCAAGUGUGUCUGAGGGGCUUGCAGAUGCCAAAGUGGGGAAGGAUGGUGAGAUGGGGCACACCACACUGUUGUGGCACCUGAUCAGCUCAAGUAUUCAGGAGGGAGAGAAAAGUUGUGUUUUUAACAGUAGAAGGUAGGGAUGAAAAUGUCUCAGUAUUUUAGGAUCAAGGAGAGCCAGGAAAUUAGAAAACAGUGACAGGUAAAGCUGAUGAUGAUGGAAAAAGGGGUCUCUCCCCUUUCUGUUUGCACACUGAUGAUUGAACCCUGGCUGGUCUUUGUCGCCCUAUCUAGUGCAGGUUGCUAAGAACAUGUUUUCCAGAAUCCUCUUCUGCCUGGCCGCCUAACUUGCUAGAAACAUUUUUUUUUUUUGUCUGCUCUAGCUCAAUAACGGAGCUCUUAGGGGUUUAAAGUUCCCCUAUUUGUGAAUUCUGGGGCUACUGACUUUUCUUUCUUUUGAAUUGGAGUCUCAAAAUCAACUCUUUUAUGGUAUUAUAUCCCUGUAUGCCAUUAAAAAACAGCUUGUUCUAGAAUCAUGUAUUUUGUAAUCUGAUGUUUGUGACGGCCUCUGGUUCUUGAACAGCCAUAACUGAAUGUGGUGCCUGCAUUGAUCUGACAGUUCCUGCUGUUCUCAACCUUCAAAGUUGAUGGUCUGAAAACUCUGGGGUGAUAUUCAUGGACACCGAGAUGCCAAGCAAAGGGGCGAUAUUUUAAAUCUAAAUCUUAAGGCAGGUUUAGGAAGUUGUUCAGAGAGUCAGAGGAAUUGGAAUCGAAUGGAUCAGAGAACUGACAGACGAGGCAACAAUUUGCUGUUCACAGUGAGAGGGUGUCGAGGGCUUCAGCUGCUGCUAUUUCGAUAUUUUGCAAAGGAAAAUAAUCAAACCAAAGAGUAUUCAGUGAUAGGAAAAUUAAAUGAAGAUGCAGUGGAGAUUGGGGGUGACCACAGAGAAGGCUCCUCCCAAAAACACCUCACUACCACUCAAAAAGACUUGAGAUAUUUGAAAGGGAUUGGGGUGCAGGGGCAGGAAUGAGGGAGGGCAAUCUUUCAAUUUUCUGAAAAAGUGGAAAAAAAUUAAAAUUUCUGGUGCACAGGUUUGUUUUUUUUUUUUUCAAGAAAAUUUUGCAGAAGCUAUGUUUUUAAAGUGUACAUUUUAUAAAGUUUAUCAGAUAUUUUCAUAUUUAAAGCCAAAUGUAAAUAGAAGACUGUAAAGGAAAAAAAAAUUGCCAUAGAAAGUCUAAUUUCAGUGCAGCAAUUUCUGAGAGCUAGUACCUAUAUGCUACCGGUUAGCAUGGUUUUAGCACAUAUUUACCAGCCUUAUAAGGUUCGUAUUGUAAUGUUCUUCUGUUAUUUAUUUCAGCAUGGACUGUUCAUUUGAAAGCUUUUUUCUAGCUAUUAGUAUUUUAACAGUUACGAGCUUUAAAUGGCAAUUUUUUUUUGUUUGUUUUGUCAAGAGCCAAGACACAGGUAAUGCACACCUUUUUUUUUUUUUUUUUUCCCCUGCAUUUUACCUUCAAAACAUUUGCCCUGUUAACAGGGUCUCCUUAAUUCGCGCACACAUGUCAUCAGAAUCCAGAUUGAGAGACUCUCCAGACAUCCCUGGGGUUGAUUUUUAUUCCCAGAUACGUGAUGCUUCACUGUUGCAAGCACAUCCCACUGAAUUUACUUAGAAAUUAUUCCCUUUUAAAGAAUUCUUGCCCAUCUCCGGAUAGGCAGUCUAUUUUUGGGAGGAGGCAAAGAUUCCCCAUUACCCUAUUUUUAAAUAAAAGGUAGACAAAGUGAAUUCUAUUUUGAUUAUAGAGAAAGGAAUAGUUUUCUAUCCCUCUAAGAGUAUACUUGAAUCAGACAUUUAAGGAUGUCGCUAUAGCACUGUAGUCAUUUCCAAAUUCCUGGAGAAAGUUUGUUUUGACUUUUGUUUUGGAAUUCUAUUACUGCAUCGUUUCUCCCUUCACCACCUUUCUUCUUGAUCACCUCCCAUCCCAAACUCGGAUGUUUAUUUGAACUCUGUUCCCCGAAUAUGUUAACCCUUGCAAGUAAUCAAUGUCAGUUCGUAUUUUAUCAUAAGUCUCUCGGUGAAGGCAGAAAACUUGUUCUGAGAAGUCGAGUGAGCUCUUUUUCACUCUGUGUCUAAUAAUGUUAAAGUGAAAAAAAAAAAGUGUUGCAUAGUCCCUCGCCCUCCCACCUAGACUCUCCUCUCGAGCUCUGGUGAAGCUCUGGUUUCUGGCCAGUGAAAAAAUCCUGGUCUUUGACAAUCGUGCUGGUUCUUUUCCCGUUUGCCGUCUUUUUUGUACCUAAAAGUCUUCCUAUUGUACUGCACAAACCAUGGAUUGUACAUAUUUUUAUAUAUUAUGUCUUAUUUUAUUAUUUCUAAAUAAAAAAUUAAA